UCAGCUAUAGCAUUGAAAUGGUGUAUUGCUUUGCCAUUCAUUGUGUGCACAGGACUGGGGGCAAUGGAACCUGUAGUCUGUUCAGGUUCCCCAUAAACCCAAAGGAGAAGAAGAAAUGGGUUGAUAGAUGCAGACGAGCGGACAGAGAUGUUAAUGGGAAUGACCGGAUAUGCAGUUGUCAUUUUGUAGAUGGCAAGAAAGAAAAUGGCCCAACCAUUUUUGAUUACCAGAAGAAAGAUCUACAUUUCCAAGAAAUGAACACACCUAAAAGAUGCAAAAGGCCGAAGUUGAAGGAAAGGGAAGAUGUGAAAAAAAGCAUACCAGUAGAUGUUACUACAAUUUCCCAGGACCAUAAUUAUUACACGCAUGACUACAGUGCUUAUGAUGACAUUGAUGCUGAACUACCAACAAAAUCUAUUCAAGAGUUAGAAAGGGAGAUAGCCCGUCUAGAGGGUGAACUUGGCCGCAUGAAAUUGCGCCCAUCCAAAAUGUCGGUUCAGGACAUUAUUGGUGACAAUGAUAAGAUGCUGCUCUACACAUCUUUUCCUGUCGAUGUCUUCCAAGUCCUGGUGGGUGUUCUGAAGAGGUUAGCUCCUUUCAACUACUAUGCUGGCUGGACUGUAGCCUGCUUCAGCCUAGAGGAUCAACUAUUAAUCACCCUUAUGAAAUUACGUCUGAAUUGUAAGGACUUAGAUUUGGCAGUUAGAUUCGAUACAAGCAGAGGAACUGUUUCAAACAUUAUAAAUACAUAUAUUUCUAGUGCUUCAUGAAAUAUUGUUUGAAGGAAUUUUACUUAAAGUAGGAAUUCCAAGCCAACUCAAAUGCAAAGGAUCCAUGCCGAAGUCAUUUGAAGACUUUAGUGAAACACUAUGUCCCCAUUUAUUUGACCCUGAAGUAUGACCUUGACCUUUCACCACUCAAAAUGUGCAGCUCCAUGAGAUACACAUGUAUGUCAAAUAUGAAGUUGAUAUCUUCAAUAUUGCAAAAGUUAUGGCAAAUGUUAAAGUUUGCACAAACAAACCAACCAACCAACAGACAGGGCAAAAACAAUAUGUCCCCCAAUAUAGUGGUGGGGGACAUAAAAACAACAUUCUGCUGAAAAUGUAGAAUUAAAGAAUAUCUGUACUGUCACAAAAUGGUUUAUUUAUCUUUAUAUAAACAAUAUAUAAAUAACCAACUAAUUGGUAGUACAUGUAUUAACAUAUUUCUUCAAAGCUGAUCACUUGCAAGUCUUUUAUUUGUCCAAACAACAAGAUCGCAUGUAUUAGUUCCCGUUAUGUGUAGCUGUCCUUGAAUCUGAUGCCAGUAGUUGUGGGCUAGCUUGAGGGAAAGCCGUCCAUCAGAAGAUUGAUCUGAAAUGAGUAUGCAUCCAUGUGU